CACACACACACAGCUCCUUCACAGCACGAGACAAAGCGGACUUUAAAAAGAUUUCUUCUCCUUAUUAUUAUUAUUAUUAUUAUUUUCUCUCCAUCGUUUUCUUACGAACUUUGGCGUUGUUUUAAGCUGGUCUUGGUGAGGAAAGGAUAUUAACUUUUAAGCAUGGGGACUCCGAAAAUGUCCAACCGCAGAGCAUCCCGAAGAGUCCUGAAACCGGUGAUUGAGAAGAAGAGAAGAGAUCGGAUUAAUCAGCGUUUAGAUGAACUGAGAACUCUCCUGCUGGACCAUACACUGGACUCGAGACUACAAAACCCUAAACUGGAAAAAGCAGAGAUUUUGGAGCUCACUGUGGAGUACAUCAGGAAAAAAGCGACAAACACAAAAGAAAAUGCUGCAGAAAUUCACAGAGACCCGGGCGAGUGUGUUCCUGUUGCCCUUGCGCAGACCGCCGGGAGACCCCGUGUGCCCGUCACAGGGCUCCAUGACGGCCCUCACGUCCACGCUCACGCCCCCACCAGCCCGAUCUACACAGCCGGCUUCCAGGAGUGCAUCUCUCGCCUGACCAGCUUCAUCGAGUGUGUGGAUCUGUCGCAGCGGGAGAACUUCAUCCAGUGCCUUCGCCAUCACCUGCAGUCACACACCGGUGUCCUUUCGCAGGUCAGAGGUCACGGGCAGACUCACACGUGGGUCACGGGCGAUGUCCGAGCGGGCGCAGAGCCCUUCUCGUUUGCUAAUGGGCUGUAUCCCAAUUCGUUCGUCCUGCAUCCCCCGUAUCCCUCUCCUCCGUACUCGCUGUCUCCUCCUCCAUCGCCCUGCUACUCCUCCUCCUCUCCGACGUACCUCUCCGUCCCCCGCCACUUCCACUACCCUCCAUCUGUCUCUCCUCUAUCCGACUCCUCCUCCACAUCCUCCUCGUCUUUCACUACCUCCACUAAGGCAGUCUCAGCGAGCUUAGCCCAAGCGACCCAGGCUCCUCCACGACCUCUGACCCCUCACUGUGUCUCGGCCCAGCAGACUCUGAGGCGAGAGCUCUUCCCGAGUCACACACACGCCAUCUGGAGGCCGUGGUGAGGGCAUGCGCGCGCGUGCACACACAUAUAUACACAUACACAGGACUACUCUAAUAAAUACACUACGGCUGUGUCCUAUUUAAAGUCCCUCACUGGGGCCGUGUCUCAUUUCGAUGCCGAGGCUGUAGCGAGACUGCGAGGUGAGAAAGUCGGUUUAUAUCUCAGCUCUGAAAUGGUCUUUUCUUACUGCUGACAUUCCUCUGCCUUCUCUGACUUUAUCUCCAUAUUCCACCUCGUUUCCUCAAUAUUAUAAACAGAUCCUGUAAAUAUAUUUAUUUCUCUGUGUAAUGUACAGCGAUGUAAAUUAAUUUGACAUUUUUUCACCUAAUAAAGCUCUAAUUUUAUUACGUAUUA